AUGGAAUUGUGGUGUAACCAGAAAAGCUUGCAUUCAUUCCCAGACUCUAAACAUGUGAUAAACAUGGACAAUCAGUCUACUUUAACAGAAUUUAUACUCUUGGGAUUCAAUGUUUCGCAAAACUAUAAGAAUUUAAUUUUUGUAAUUUUCCUGAUUACUUAUGUUAUAACAGUGACAGGAAACAUCUUGAUCUUUGGAUUGGUUUGCAGCAGUAACUCCCUCCACACUCCCAUGUAUGUCUUACUUUGUAACUUGUCUUUAUCAGAAAUAUUCUUCACCACUACAACAGCCCCCAACAUGAUGCACCUCGUGCUAAAUGAUAUUAAAAAAAUGUCUCUAGCAGGUUGCUUGAUCCAGUUGUAUCUAUUUGCAUCUCUUGCAACUACUGAUUGCCUACUCCUGGCUGUAAUGUCUUAUGACAGGUAUUUGGCUAUAUGUAAUUCAUUACGAUACAAUUCUUUGAUUGACAUCAGUUUAUGUAUCAAAAUGGCCAUCUGGUGCUGGGCAGCUGGUUUUGGGUUCAUGUUUACGCUGGUAGUGAGGGUUGGAAAUCUCAGAUUCUGUGGCCCUAAAUAUAUUGACCAUUUCAUGUGUGACUUUUCUCCAAUAAUAACACUUUCUUGUUCAGACACAAGCACAGUUCAAAUUCAAUCAUUUAUCCUUACAGUUAUAGUUGUGCUUUUACCAUUUAUGAUUAUUAUUGUAUCCUACAUGUUUAUACUUGGGACAAUCUUUAGCAUAUCAUCAGUUAUAAGACGGCAGAAAGUCUUCUCCACCUGCAGUUCUCAUCUCAUGGUGGUAUCCAUGUACUAUGGAACUUUAUUAGCUAUUUAUCUGGCACCUUCAAAAGGACAGUCAACAAACGUAAACAAGAUCUUCAGCUUGUUAUAUACGGUGGUGACACCAUUAUUUAAUCCCAUAAUCUAUGGUCUCAGGAGCAAAGAAAUCCAACAAACAUUGAUAAUAACACUAAGUAAAUGUUACUCGUUGUUUUAUAAAAGAUCUCUGAAAUGA